CCCAGCUGCUGUGAGCGGACAGUACAUUCCUCACACUUCGGCUCUCGAUAGCACAGGAACGCGACACUGAAACGAAACAAGCCGAAGACUCGACGGAUUCAUACACCUCAUGACGCUUUCCAAGGGCACGUAAGGUCAAUGUUGGGUCGUGGUGUGAAGCGGAAGUGGAGCUGCUUGGAGGAGCUGGAGGCUGAGGUGGCGGCUGAAGCUGCUCUCACGGAGGAAAAGGAGCAGAAUGGGAAGGAUGGCAACGAAGACGAGGCCGGGCUUCUUGUUGACCCGUCCAAAUCAGACAUGAGCCACCUGCAGCAGCGUCAGCGAGUGCUUGGCCUCUGCUUGGAGAAGCUCCAGCGUUACCAGGCUGGGAUGGAGCUCAGCCUGCGUCGCUCUGUGCUGCUCAUCAAUACUCUCAGGCAGAUUCAGGAGGAAAUGAGGAGGGACGGCGUGGGAACCUGCACCUCAGACUCACGCCUCAAUGGCAUCCAUGCUGACUCCUGUCUUCUCAGGGACAAUUUUGGAGAGGACGUGCCUGUUACGUGCCCUGGGUGUGCAGAAGGAGAUGAGGAAAGCCUGUCUCCCCCAUUGUCCCCUGAAUUUCCCUCUCAGGAGGCAACCAGCCUCACCGACCAGCAGAAAUCUCUGCCCGCUGCAACCAUCAGUACUUUCAGUGAUGCAGUAAAUGCCAUGGGCUACCUCAGCGACCUUGCCCUGGACGAUAUCUUUGAGGACAUUGACACAUCAAUGUACGAGACUUCAGAUCUGCCGUCCGCCUGGGCGGCAGGUUCUCUGUGGCCAGUCAGCGUGUCGCUAUGGCCGGAUGAGGACGUGAAAUUGCGUUCUUCCAGCCAUUCCUCAGCUGGAAGCCUCCAGUCUUGUCUCAUGGACCUGAACGAGCUGGACCACAUCAUGGAGAUUCUGGUAAAGUCUUGAUCGCCAAUAUGAACUUCAGAAAAUUUCCUGCUCUUGGUUAGGAGCUGCUCUGGCUGAAUUGGGGCUGAUGAACUCUAACAUGACCUUGGUCUUUUUUUUUUUUUUUUUUUUUUUUUAAGGCUCUGUGCGAUAAUUCAGCUGAAAACGUGUCUCAAGGUUGAGCUACUUUAAGGUGGAAUUUAACACUAAUUCUAAUAUGCACAUGCCUCUUAUGAGGACCCAGUUAUGCACCUAUGCCUGUGCCUCAAAUUAAGAUAUGAAUUAUUUAUUAUAACAGAUGAAGAAUAGCAUUUAAAGCAUCAUAUAAAGUUAGUAAAACAUCCAUGCUAAAACUCUUUUGCACUGUUUUAAUAGCUAUCAGUCGAAAACGGCUAUUGACAGAAAAAGUAAUGAUUGGAAAUUUGAUACAUGAUUCAUUAGUCAAGCAAAAAUGGAGAAAAAUGAUUUGUCUUGUUUUGAACAUUUUAAGCUAGGUUUGGACUGUCAGAAAAGAAGCAACUGAAGACGUCAUCUUUUGUAAACUAUA